AUGGCGAUUUGCCACCAUACGACUAGCUUGGUACCAAGAUGGAGACGUUCGGAUUUCAACCUCUAUGGUGAGAAGGAGAAGAAUCGGCGAAGCAUGGCAAGGAGCAGUCGAGAGCCAAGUGUGGGUCGUAGACACCUACGGAAGACGAACAGCGAACCGAAUGUCGAAGGAAUGGGUGUGGUUAGUACUCAGUUUUUUUGGAUGAGUGAAGAGGAAGCAACGAAGAAAAAUUGGAUAACUGAGUUAUUAGACGAUUCGGAUUUUUGUGGUGAAGAUAUGUUGACCGAGAUUGAAGAGCUUCGUGAUGCUGCAAAGACAAUCCAGUCACUUCAACGAGUAUUGAAACGACCGCAGCAUUCUUCUGAUCGAGGGGGUAACUUUUUCUGCAAAUUUCUUCCUACCAUAAGCGAUUUUUUAGUGUUUUCGGAUGCGGACGAGUCGUCAGUAGCUGCCGAUUCCAGUGUCGAUGGACGAGUUUCAGGAAUUUCGACACGUCUCGGUCAUCCAAGAGGUGUCAUGCAAUUUCUUCCAUCCAUGGGAAACGAUCUCUUCAUGCCUUCCACGGACACCUAUCGAGGUCGCGUUUCGCUGUCUCGGAAGACGUCGGCACCUGAUGCGUACAUGCCUCUUUCUGUGCUGUCGAAUUCUGAGCAACCACUUACACGAAAAGUUUCCAGACGACGUGGAGUCGUAGACGAACUCUUCGGAGCGUCGUUAGACGAAAAAAGAUCCGAGAGUUUAGCCGGUAUGAGUCGCUUUUCAAAACUAUUGCGCAGUUUUCGAUCAGGGCAAAGUUCUCCGGAACCACAUCCAACGAUCUCGUGGCGUCCGUAUGGCUUUUCGGAGUCGGCCGGUGAAGAAUGUCGAAUGGAAGAUUCGCUACUACAGGCCGAUAUUCUGCUCUGGAAAAAGCGCUCUCGUGCUAGUCUUCGGAAGCACUAUAGUGUACGAAAUUUGGCCGCUCGUGAACUAUACGACACGGAAAAGUCAUUUGUUGAAGGGUUGGAGUUCUUAGUGACGAAAUACAUGCGACCUCUACGUCAACCACUUGAAUGCACACUUAUUGAGCCAGGCCUUGCGGAUAAGAUUUUCUACAAAGUACCAGAGGUGUUAGCACAUCAUCAGGUUCUGCUUGCGGCGUUGAGCUCACGGAUAGAGGAAUGGAAUAAGGACAGCGUUAUUGGUGACGUGAUGCUCUCCCAUUUUGCUAAACAAUCGAUGGUGGACACCUAUAUUUCGUUCGUCGACAAUUUCAAAUAUGCUAAAGCUGCAAUUACUCAGGCUCGUGGAAAGCCAUCAUUCGAGAAAUACUACAAUAGAUGUUGUAGAGAUCAUCGUAACAAACUCGAUCUCGACUCGCUACUAAUUUCACCUAUUCAGAGAGUUCCCAGAUAUGAAUUACUGGUGAAGCAGCUCAUCAAACACACUCCUGCUGAACAUGCCGAUCACGAAGUGCUGCUGAGAGCUCAAAGGCAUAUCCAUAACCUUGCGGUCGCCAUCAAUCAACACAAAGAAGCGAAUGAACAAAUGGAACAACGACUUCGGGAGAUCGAGGCGAUCGUCGACGGCCUCGAUGACUUGGUUUCAACCGGUCGUAAUCUCGUCCGCUACGAUAUGGUCCAGAUGCGAUGCCGUGGCGAUGAGAAACGGCAACGUUGUGUUUUCACACUAAGCGAUCAACUCGUCCUCACCAGUGUACGACGAAAGAAUUCGACACGAAACACCAAACUCAUGUACGUGAAAAUUCGUCUACUUAGCUUUUUUUUUCAGAAACUUUUGAGUAUACUGGAGGAGAUGGACACUGAGAACACGCUUCGCUUGCGAUCGCUCAAUGAACAGAUGCUCUCAAAUCCUGAUCUGACCACCGUACAUCUUGCCGUCGCCACAACAAAUGGACUGGAGACUGUUCCGUUAGAGUUCGGAAGUGCUGAACAACGAGCUGUGUGGGAGACGGCAUUUCGUGAGUCAAAGGCGGCUCUUAUCAAUCAGCAGAUCUCAGCACCUCCGGCUCAAUUGAAAUCUGUGAUUGCGCAUCAAACGAGGCCUGGAUUACAGCUUUGCGCUGCUACCGUUGUUCCGGGCAAACGACCGGAUUCGACACCUUAUAUUUGGCUCUGUGCUAGCGAUAAGUUCAGUGGGCAGGUAGCUAUUUUAUCACUCGAAAAUGGUGAUCCAUGCAUCGAAAGCUGUUCCGGAAUCGGUAACGCGGCUGUGACAGCGGCGUGUACUGUACCGUCACCAUCAAGGAAACGAAAGCGCAAAGUGAGGUCACAGAAAUCACUAGACCAUCUUGGCAGAAGUGAAACGCUCUUUGAUAGAAAUAGCAGCGGUGAAUCAUCGGAGUCAGACGAUGACACAAGUUCUGGUCAGAUCACCGUCUGGAUUGGAAAUGACGACGGAGAAGUAUUUGUCGUGAACUCAACGGAAAGAAUUCGAACGAGAGCUCGUGAACGAGUCGUUCGGCUUUCCUAUCCGGUCACCGCCAUCACUAGCGCCGCUGGCUAUGUGUUUGUUGCCACCGCCAGUCCAACCAAUGUGCAGCUUCUGCGAUUUCACACAUCAACAGGUUUGUUUCCACCGAAUAGUAGAAGUGGAUGGGAGGCGAGUACACAAAAUACUCAUAACAUCGUCGCCUCGUCCGAUUAUCUUCAACUGAUGACGUCAUCCGGUUCUGUGAUCUUCUGUUGCGGACGUCGGUCAACAAACGUAUAUGUAGUUGAUGCUUUCUCGUUGAAAGUGUUGAAUCAUUUCGGUAUUGCCGCAUGCAUACGCACUCAUCUCGCUGGUCGUGAGGAUAUUAUUCGUGAACACAAAAUGGGAUGUUUACGAAUUUCGUGCGUAACCGUCGCUACUUCACAGCUUUGGAUUGGCACCUCGGCCGGAUUUGUCAUUUCUACGCCUUUGCACUGCGCCAAGACUCAACCGAAUCCGCCACUAUCUGUACGCGAAAUGGGUCACAGUGGUCCGUGUCGAGUGUUAGUUCCAAUUAAUAUUGCACUCAGAAAAGUGAGGCGAAUGUCUCUUAAUGUGCCCUCACAACAAGCCUCACAGUUACUGGUUGCCAGUUGUGGUGAUGGUUUGGAUGACCGAAACGGUAGUCAGGAUCCGACUAACGAUGCUAUAAAUCAUCUUAUUUUUUGGAAAUGUCCACAAAUAUGCGAUGCUGGUUGA